AUGGAUCAUAACCUAGCUACCGCCGAGAAGGAUGUGUUGGAAGAGUUGAUGAAGCUAGCGCAGAUUCGAGGUCUAGGAGGAGAACACGGAGGAUGGAAAGAAUUUUUAGCAGUCAAUGACCAUAAAGAUAUAACACCAUAUGACCUUUCCAUGGUUUCCCGUGACGCGUUGGUCGCUUUUCUCACUACCUUUAAGAAUAAAGAAGAUCUGCAGGCUAUGCAAAUUCGUGCUAAUAGUCUUCUAGUUAAAAAGUUGAAGCAGGAGUCUCCUGAAAAUGACACUCAUGAGCAGAUGCUUAUUCGUUUGACCAUGAAGCAUCAGGAGUUUUCUAUAGACUAUUGUUUUCGGUCAUACUCCAAUGAUUGGUUUUUAUCCGAUAUUGGAAUGAAGUCGUCGAUGGUCAAGAAUUCAACCAACAUGAUAGCUGUUGACUGUGAGAUGGUUCUUUGUGAAGAUGGGACUGAAGGUCUGGUUAGAGUCGGCGUUGUAGACCGUCAUUUAAAGGUGAUUCUUGACCAAUUUGUGAAACCGGACAAACGUAUUGUUGACUAUAGGACAGUCAUUACAGGAGUUAAUGCUCAAGAUAUCGAAAAAGCUACUCUCUCUGUGGUAGAUAUUCAGAGAGAGCUGCAGCCCUAUCUUUCUAAUGGUGCUAUUCUGGUAGGUCACAGUUUGAACAAAGAUAUGAAAGUGCUGAAGAUCGAUCAUCCUAAAGUAAUCGAUACAGCACUUGUGUUCAAAUUUUCAAAUGCAAGAAACUCGAGGAAACCUUCACUCAAUGAUCUUCACAAGGCAAUUUUUGGUAAAGAAGUCCGAAAGGAAGGCGUUCCUCAUAAUUGUGUACACGACGCUGAAGCGGCAAUGAAUAUUGCACUUGCUUUUAUUGAGGACCCAUUUGACACAACAAUUUCACCAUCAAAAGAGAUGCUGGAGGCUGAGAAGUCAAGACUCUUUAUUCACAGAAUCCCUUCCCGUGUGCCAUCUGAAAAACUGAACUUUGCUCUCGCUGGAGAGUUUCUUACCAAAAAGUUUAAACUUGAUGUUAAGCCAGCAAAAACAUUGGGAGGUUAUUACUGUGCAGUUGCUGUUUUCGUUAGUGCCGAAGAAGCUGAGCAAGCUUUUGAAAACGUUAAUGGAUACGAAGAGACGGAUUCAUUUGGGUUGCCACAAAAAAUGUUUGACGUAAAGCUGAGGUCGAAAAGAAAUGCUAGUUGUUAUGUCCGUAAAAUGGUUUAA